AUGAUAAUAAAUUUAUUCUCUAUUUUUGAUCCAGCAACCUCAAAAACACUUACAUUAAACUGAACAAGACUUUUACUCCCACUACUAUUUAUUCCAAUAAUUUAUUGGGUUAUCCCAUCUCGUAUUCAUUUUUUAUGGAAUAAAACUUCAUUAUUACUAUUUCAUGAAUUAAAAAAUCUCUUCUCGAAAAAAAAUAUUAAAUUCAUUUAUAUUUUCAUUGUUCUUUUCUGAUUUAUCUUAACCUGCAACUUCAUAGGACUUUUCCCAUAUAUUUUCACCCCAACAAGCCAUAUUAAUCUAUCUUCAUUCCUAGCUCUCCCAAUAUGGUUAACAUUCAUGUUAUACGGGUGGAUCAACCAAACAAAUCAUAUAUUUGCCCAUCUGGUCCCUCUAGGAACUCCAAUUUUUCUAACAGUAUUCAUAGUAUGUAUUGAAACAAUUAGUAACUUAAUUCGACCAUUAACACUAUCAGUACGUCUAACCGCAAACAUAAUUUCGGGGCAUCUUCUCCUUUGUUUACUAAGAAACAUUAUAGAAAACAUACCACUUAUUAAUUUAAUAAUUUUACCAGUUAUAAUUAUCCUUCUUCUUUUAGAAAUAGCUGUUGCUGUAAUUCAAAGAUAUGUAUUCAUUACAUUAACCUCACUCUACUUAAAUGAAUUAAACUAA